UCGCCAUAUGCGGUGAGAGCAUCGUCUGCUGGCAAGGGGCGCAGGGGAGAGUGGUCACGGUAAAAAUAAAGGUUUCCUAAAAGGAAAGGUCGUCUGAAUCUGUAAAGUUUGUGCAAGUUUUCAGAAAGAAAUGGGUAGUGUGUUUAUGUGGAGGAAUGUGCUAAAAUUACCAGCGUUUGCAAGAAGGUCAUUGAACAGGGCAUUUAAUAAACACUUAUUUGCAACAAAUGUUACAAUUUCCCUUACUCUCUCAGGCUUGGGAGAUUUUCUCCAACAACAACAUAAUAUUGUUAUCCAAAAACAAAAGACAUGGGAUGUAGUGCGAACUCGACAACUAACUUGUACUGGAGUUACAGUUGGAGCCUUGUGUCAUCACUGGUACAAUCUAUUAGACAGGAAAUACCCCGGCCGAACACUGAAAGUUGUGAUUAAGAAGUUAUUAGUGGAUCAGUUGAUUUUCUCUCCGGUGUGCAUCACAGUAUUCUUCAUCUCUUUUGGUUUGUUUAAAUGUGGUGAUUGGGAUGAUUUCUUUCAUGAUCUAGAACAUAGAGGACUCAGGCUAUAUACGGCUGAGUGGUUUGUGUGGCCGCCAGCACAACUCAUCAACUUCUACUGGCUGCCGACCAAAUACCGCGUUCUUUACGACAACGCGAUAUCUCUAGUAUUUGAUAUAUACACUUCUCAUGUUUGUUAUGAUAUGGAGAUAAAAAAGGAAGAGGAAGAUAAUGAUAAUGGUAAUUCAAAAAUAGAAAGAUAAUGGCAUUAUUCUUGGGAAAUUAGGUUGGUAUAAAACUUGAUUAUGUACAAAUUAUCAUUUGUUGAUUUUAUUUUAGUGCAGUACUAUAUUAUUUGUUUGGGAUGUAAGUAUAUGUAUAUAUAAAUGUAUAUAUUUGUCUGUGUAUAUUUUUCUUGUUUUAUUAU